AGACCUUCGUAUGAGAAAUCAUAAUUGCGGGAUGUAACCUCACAUGUGACCCUUAUUUUUAGAUUUCCGAGCAUGUAUUUUUUUUAUUUUAUGUAAUGAAGGGGAUCAUUCUUGAAUUAUUGAUGUCGUAAUUUGAGGAGCUUACUGUGUGGACAGUGAAAGGUGUCGUCAAAAUUUUUGACUGAUUUCGUGAUAUUCAGUCUAAGGCCCGGCAUCAUUUUUGUCCACCUGGUGAAUCGUGAAAAUGAAUAUUGCCAGAGGAUUGAAUCUCGUCUUUCAUCGUGCUGGGACAAUGAAAGACAAAUUAUUCUCAAAGAAAUACUUGUUCUACACGAAUGUGGGGAUAUCGAUAUCUCUGUCAGCUACUGGGGAUAUUUUGGAACAGCAUUACGAAAUAUUGAAGGGAGAAUGGAAUGCCUGGAGUCCCCUUCGAACCCAGCACAUGGCAAUAUCUGGUAUGACAGUGGGAAUAAUCUGUCACCAUUGGUACAAUUUCCUCGAUGCCAGAAUGCCGGGCAAAACCAUAGGCAUUGUGUUGAAAAAACUGGUUUUGGACCAGUUGAUAUGCUCACCUCUGUACAUUGGUGUGUUCUUCCUCACCCUGGGUAUUCUAGAAAAUACAACCUGGCCGGAUUUGAAAGCUGAGAUGCGAGAGAAAUUCCAUAAAUUGUAUUUGGCAGAAUGGAUAAUCUGGCCACCAGCUCAAAUAUUCAAUUUCUACUUUUUGCCAACACGCUUUCGAGUUCUUUACGACAAUACAAUAUCCCUGGGAUACGAUGUUUACACGAGUCAGGUGAAACAUGGGAAGCAGGUCAAGCCGAAGGAUUAACCAAAAUUUUCCAUUCUUUAUAGUAAAUGAAUUAAAUUGAGGAUUUGGAUUGUGUGGAAUGUAAAAAACCUGCUGGCAGGAACAGACAAUUUUACGGAUUUUUUUGUAAAUAAAGUGUACAUACAUAUUAAAAAUAAAUAUGAACGAGGUAAUUGUUAUAAAUUAAGAAA